CGCGGCGCGCGGCGUGGAGCAGGGCCUGGGUGGCUUAGUUCCUGCUGGUGGUUGGGAGCGCAGCGGCACCUGCACCAUGAGCGAAGCGGACGGGCUGCGGCAGCGCCGGCCCCUGCGGCCGCAGGUGGUCACGGACGAUGGCCAGGCCCCGGAGGCCAAGGACGGCAGCUCCUUCAGCGCCCGGGUUUUCCGAGUGACCUUCCUGAUGCUCGCUGUUUCCCUCACGGUGCCCCUGUUUGGUGCCAUGCUGCUGCUGGACUCCCCCAUCGACCCACAGCCACUCAGCUUCAAAGAACCUCCUCUCAUGCUUGGUGUUCUGCAACCAAAUACGAAGUUGCGGCAGGCGGAAAGGCUAUUUGAAAAUCAACUAAUUGGACCCGAGUCCAUAGCCAACAUUGGGGAUGUGUUGUUCACUGGUACAGCAGAUGGCCGGGUGGUAAAACUUGAAAACGAUGAAGUAGAGACAAUCGCCCGAUUUGGAACAGGCCCGUGCAAAACCCGAGACGACGAGCCUGCCUGUGGGCGGCCCCUGGGUAUCCGGGUGGGGCCCAACGGAACCCUUUUUGUGGCGGACGCCUACAAGGGACUGUUUGAAGUCAACCCCUGGAAACGUGAAGUGAAACUGCUCUUGUCUUCUGAUACACCCAUUGAGGGAAAGAAAAUGUCCUUUGUCAAUGAUCUCACGAUAACUAAGGAUGGCAGGAAAAUUUAUUUUACGGAUUCUAGCAGCAAAUGGCAGAGACGUGAUUAUCUGCUUUUGGUUAUGGAGGGAACUGAUGAUGGGCGCCUGCUCGAGUAUGACACUGUCACCAAGGAGGUGAAGGUUCUGCUGGACCAGUUGCGGUUCCCUAAUGGAGUCCAGCUCUCUCCUGCGGAGGACUUUGUUUUGGUGGCAGAAACCACCAUGGCCAGGAUCCGAAGAUUCUACGUGUCCGGCCUGAUGAAGGGAGGGGCCGAUGUGUUUGUGGAGAACUUGCCUGGAUUUCCAGACAACAUCCGGCCCAGCAGCUCCGGGGGAUACUGGCUCGGCAUGUCCGUAAUCCGCGCCAACCCUGGAUUUUCUAUGUUGGAUUUCUUAGCCGAGAGGCCCUGGAUUAAGAGAAUAAUUUUUAAGCUCUUCAGUCAGGACACGGUGAUGAAGCUUGUGCCACGGUACAGCCUUGUCCUGGAACUCAGCGAUAGUGGGGCCUUCCGGAGGAGCCUGCACGAUCCCAACGGGCUGGUGGCCAUGUACAUCAGCGAAGUGCAUGAGCAUGAUGGGCACCUCUACCUGGGCUCCUUCCGGGCCCCGUUCCUCUGCAGGCUCAGCCUCGAGUUGGUUUAACUGGCACCCCCACCCCAGAGCUGCCAGAGCUGGCCAUGACGUGUCCCCUGGAGCAUCGUCAGGCUGCAGGCGCCCAGGAAGGGGUGAUUGGUCCUGUGAGCCGUGGGUGCCUCACUGUCCACAUGCACCUGUCCACCCUCCCCUCACCUGGGCUGACUUCGUGUUUUAAGGGACAUGUAACAUAUCUGCUGUGGGAAGAUAAGUCCAUGUAAAGCCAUUUUCUCUUUCUUUAAAAAAGGCUCUCUAUGUACACCUGCUCUCUAGGAGUUGGGACACUUCCUGCAGUUUUACCGGGGCUCAGGGUUUGGUGGAUAGAGCAGUCAGCAAGCUGCUCAGGGAUCUUUCUCUGUCCUGCCAGCUUCGGUGUCUUUACCAUAAAGCUGGGUUAGUAGCUUAUCUUCUGGGGGAGUAGGAAUGGGCAAUGGGAGCAGAGCGCAGAAGUGCACCGAGGUCACCGGCGGACACCGUGCAGACCUAGAUCAGAGAACUGUGUUCACCAAGCUGUGCCGGGACACGGCCCUUGGCCCUGGUGCACCUUCCCUAGUGAGCCUGCGCCGGCUUGGCCUCCCUCCGUGCCAGAAGCUCUCCAGACUCCUUGGUCCCUGCCAGCCAUUUAGAGACAAGGACCUGGUCGCAGUUCACAGGAAAAGUGUAUUUAUUCUGGCAGCUCCGAGAAGACCUCACUGGAUUUCUUUCUGCAAACCACUGCCACGCUGGAGCCGAAUGAUCCGGUGACUCGGCACCUCAGAGAUGGACUCGGUUGGCGGGGUGGGGAGCGGGGUGCUGCUUGUGCACCUCCACUCUGUCCCCUCUGGGCCUGGCGGCAUGAACAGGGUUUUCUAAUGUCAUGAUUGCUCGAGUGCUCAAGGCUCGGAGUUGCUGACAGCUUGGCAAGUCUGUCUGCACACUGGGCAUGGUUUUGUUAGGGAGACCCAUGGAAUAGUAGUCAAAUGAAAUCUUCUCUGCUGAUGAACCUUUCUCAUGGUCUUGCCUGGAGUUCCUUCUCUGCUUUAAAAUAAUUAUUUUAACAAUGACUGAAAAUGUAAUUGCAUCGAGUUUGGCUACGAGGGGUUUUGUUUUGGCAACAAGCAAAUCUGUUGGAUUUGCUCAGAAAGGAAAGUCUCAGGCCCCCCAACUGUGCCACCUGCCUUUAGGGAGCAGCCUGGCCUCAGGGUGCAUCUCCCGGCGUUGUUCUGGGGCACGUUGAUACUACUUUGUUCCCUGGCUUUCCAACCUGCCAAAUGGCAGUAAUUUGGUUCCUCUCUUCCCCCGGUGUCUGUGGGAAGGCACAGGAGGCCGGGCUUGUGGGUGUGUUUUAGACACCUGUAUAAACAGGUGCCGGCAUCAGAAGUCAGAGACUCUUGGCAGCUGUGGUGACGCCUGAGUCUUCUGUGUCUUGUCCUGGCUGUCUACCCCUCUGCUCUCUCUCUGAUGAACAGACCCCCCCACGCCCUUCCCCCCCAUCGCUGCACACUGGUCAGGCCUGAUUUUCAUGGUGAGAGGGAGCUGGGAAUGUGGAUACUGGUGAACCGGCCAUCUCCCCCUCCUUGGGGCUUGGCGUGAGCACCAGCAGAACAGGGGUCAGGGAUCGCCUUCAGCCUGCUUGAGGCACCCCGUGUGGCAUCACAAACAACUGCUAGUGCUAUACGUAAAUUUGAAGGAAGAAAAGUUGAGUUGUUAAUUAGGUUUUUUUUUUAGUUGCAAUGUCUUUAUUGUAUUACUGGAGCAAGUUAGUUUUUAGUAACUAAUUUUGUGCCUCAGAUAUAUGUGCACUCAUAAAAAAAGUUCAAAUGUGCUGGGCCUGCAAGUUCCCUUCUCACUUCUUCAGUCAAGAUCGGAGGGCGCUGCUCUCAGAGCUUGGUUUUCACUGAUGCAGAGAAGCUGCUAAAUUGGUUUUCACAGUUUUCAGCAAAUGAGGCUUGAUUUUGACUCAGGAUGAUUUUCUGACUCAAAGUGUCAUUUCCUGCGUCUUAUCUGGUAAUUUGGCAAAGUAACGUGCAAACUGUAGCCUUGUUAUUAGGUUUAAAUAUGUGCUAUGCUUUUGUUGUAAGCAUAAAAAGAAUCUGCUUAAAGUGAAUUAUCAACAUGCUUUGUAAAUUAAAUCAAGUGAUUCAUUGUG